AUGCCUACCCGUCUUUCCAACACCCGCAAGCACCGCGGUCACGUCUCGGCCGGUCACGGUCGUGUCGGCAAGCACAGGAAGCAUCCCGGUGGUCGUGGUAUGGCCGGUGGUCAGCACCACCACCGCACCAACAUCGACAAGUACCAUCCAGGUUACUUCGGAAAGGUCGGUAUGCGCUACUUCCACAAGCUGCAAAACCAGUUCUGGAAGCCAGUCAUCAACCUUGACAAGCUCUGGGCUCUCGUCCCACAAGAACAGCGCGAGAAGUACCUCGCCGGCGGCUCCAAGGACACCGCCCCAGUCCUCGAUCUCCUCCCACUCGGCUACAGCAAGGUUCUCGGCAAGGGUCGCAUCCCAGAAAUCCCACUCAUCGUCCGCGCCCGUUACUUCUCCAAGGACGCCGAGCGCAAGAUUAAGGAGGCCGGUGGUGUUGUCCAGCUCGUCGCAUGA